UACGCAUAGCGAGAACCGAUUGUUAUCGAGCUCAUGCCGCGUGACACUUGUACUCGAGCCAACAAACUUUCAAUGAUAAAAUAAUAACUCCUACAUUUCACAUUUCAAUCAUUGCCAAUUACAGUGGUAAUCGUGAGUGUACUGACGAAAGACCAUUUAAAUUAUCGAAUGGAAAACGUGAUUGUGCAUAGUUGAAAAAAAUACGCCAGCAAUUUAAUGAACGUAAAACUAUAGCGAAAAGGAAAAAAAGAAACUCGUAUUCGAAAGUAUAACACGCGGCAAGACAAGCCUACAAUUCGAUAAAAAGGGAUAGAAGUAAUACAAAUAAAAAAGGAGGAGAAAGAAAGAAAGAAAGACCAAUCGGAAUCCAAAUGGAAUUCAAAGAAGGAUCGAGUACCGAAAAUCUAAACUCCUCAAGCUACUACUACUACUACUACUACUACUACUACUGCUACUACUACUAGGCAAUUCCUCGGGGCUUGGCAAUCAGAUCAUCGGCAAGUGCAAUGCCAACCAGCAGCCUGUCGCGGUAAAGUGCUCGUAUAAAUUGCUCACCUAGAGAAAAACAGAGAAAGGGCUUUCGAUUCGGGACGUGACCAAGGCAACUGUUUGCUCGAAUGAGAAUAGCUUGAGUGAGAGACAGAGAGGGAGUUUGGUGAAUACGCGCGAGUGACGAGGUCCCCUUUUUUGGUUCUUGGAUACUUCUGUUUGCAAUUGGGUUACAGUCAGAAAUUAAAUGUUUCCACAGUGUAUUAAUCAGGAUGAAAACCAACGACGUGACAAUGACGGGGAAGAAAGACACGACGGAGGGCUGAACGCCAGUUCUGAAAGAGCUGAGCGCGAAUAGCCAAGCAGCAAGUGGAAAUGAGUCCGACGCGCUCGCUUAAAUUGGGCGCGCUGCUGCUGCUCGCUGCUGCUGCUGCUGCUGCUGCUGCUGCUGCUGCUACAGGUGCUGUUGCUGUUGCUGCUACUGCCCUAAUGUCAAUCGCAGUCGCCGACAAUACCACGUCAGGCAGUACUACGAUGAGGCAAGUUACGGCCGGAAUUACCGCAACAAGCAGCAGCAGUAGUAGCCUAACGACAAGUACGACGCUAGCAUUGACUCAUCUAAGGACGGAGAUCCCUACGGAAGCGACUGGCAGAAACGUCGCUAGUGCCGCUGCUAGCCGCUCGAGCAGUGAUCCGGAGAUUACCACAAUAGCUACUUCGACCGUUUUAGCAACAGCGAGCAGCUCGAUCGCCAAUGGGACAAGCGAUUCGCCGCCAUCGAAUACAACCGAGCUCACGACCACAACGCCAAUCUUACCGCGACAAGAGAAACUCGUAGGCCUCAUCAUUGACAACACGACGACGACGACGACGACGACGACGACGACGAUGACGACGACGACGACGACGACGACGACUACCUCGAGGAGCGGCGCUGCUGAGAAUUCCCUCGAAGAAAACGAGGAAAACACCGAGGGAUCAGUCGAGGACUUGCCCGCUUCUAAUUGGAGGCUGACGGAUGAUCUGCGGACGAGCACUAGCGUAGCGACCAUCACGCAGACUGUGCUACUUGGUAAAAGUGUCAGUUCGUUAAAGUCGUCCAAAAACGAACUCGUUCCUGACGGCCCGAGAGAGGUCAAAGUCACGCAUAAAAUUAAUCAGCUGGGUACAAUGGAAUUACAGAAUCAGGGAUACUUUGGCGGUAUACUUGGCUCGGUGCUGGGCAAGUAUUCGCCGUACUUCGAGGACGGUCAGCAGGAAAUUAACGUGACCGCACGCAUCGGCAGCACGGUCAUGCUCGACUGUAUGAUCGGCAUGCUUGGCAAUAAGACGGUAACGUGGUCCUACCGCAGUAAUGACGUAUUUCGACUGCUCACAGUCGGACGCAAUGCCUACAGCGUUGACGCUAGAAUUAGUCUGCAUUUCAAAUAUCCAACGAAUUGGAGACUAAGAAUCCAAUACGCGACUCCGCGUGAUUCCGGAUUGUAUGAGUGCCAAGUGGCGACUUAUCCACCUUUGGUGAAGAAAAUUCACCUGCUUAUAACCGCACCGAUCCUGGUAAUAAUGGACGACUCAGGCAGGAUAAAGUCCGGGGAGCGCCACCUAAAGGCCGGCAGCGAGUUGCGUUUGCGCUGCGAGGCACGAGACGUGCCCAAGCGCUAUAAUGAAACUGUCAUUUGGACCAGAGGAGACGAGAUCCUCGGCGAGGACGUUAGUGAGAAUAGAACUGUCGAGAAUCUAGACGGACGAGAAGUUCAAGUUAUUGUCAGUACGUUAUUAGUGGAAAGGGCAAGUGCACGACACGCUGGUAAUUACAGUUGCGUUGUACCUGAAAAAGCUAAAGCCACUGUUGCGGUACACGUCCUCAAUGGAGAGCUGCCAGCCGCAGUGCAUGACGGGAACGGAGUCUCGAGCUCUGUCCUAAAUCUCUGGCUUAUUCAUUUAACCGUCAGCUACGUCUUUUCCAGAUGACAAUUCUAAGUGCCUCGUAGCUGAUGUACGAGUGUGGCCGAAAAAACCACGAAUUGGACAUUAACUCACCGUGAACCCCAGCUAGAAAACCAAACUCCGACUCUAAAAGAAGUGAAGAAGUUAAUAGUGAUAUGCUGCUACUAAUUUAAAGAUACGAAGCGAAUAGGAAGAAGAGGUGGGAUAGAAAAUUUAAAAAGCAAAUUGAUGAAAAAAUGACCGAUAUUUAAUCGAAAAAAGAAGAGUUUUUGGUGAUAUAUACAUAUGUUGCGAUUAAGAUUUAUCACAUAUAUUAUAUAUCUGGAAUAAUAAUUCGAUUUAUACUGACUUGUAAUUUUUGUAAAUAUACACACGUGUUUCGUUAGAAAUAAUAAAAGAAGAAAAAAUUGUUAUGUCGCAAGCACGUCAUCGAGUUCUUUUAUGAAUUUUAUGGACGUAUAAAUAUCGCUGUAAGUAUUUGGAUGGAGAAAAAAACAUGAUGCAUAAAGUCUACGUGUUUUGAUACUUUGUUUACGAGGAAAAUGAACAAUAUUGGAAUAAAUAUCAAUUAAACGUUCUUUAUCUAGUAAGCCGUUAUUAGUUUAGACCUUCAUUCAUGAGCUGUGUAGAAAGGAUUUAUUUUCGAGAAAAUUGUCCUCUUAAAUUGCUAUGAAUUGUUUGUUCGUAUAGAAAGGCGGCGGAAUCCGGUAAAAAAAAUAACAUCUACAUACAGAUCCGUCUUAGCAGUUAUCUUUAUUCAUAAAAUUGUCGAUCUUUUGGAUAUAUUAAGAAUCCCUCAUCAGAAUACGAUAAUUCAUAAAAGAAUACAUUUGUAAAUUACAUCCAUUUGUUAUAACGUCGAUGAGUGAAAAAGCUUAACUUAUGUAGAAUAAAGACCUCUACUUUUUUCCACUAUAUAUAUAGUCUCUUUCCGAUAACUUAGAGCUGCACUUACAUCUGACAGGAGCGUUCAGUGGCUGGAAAAAUCCAAAAAAUAAUUGUAACUUCUACUGUAUUACAAGUUUAAUUUAUCUGACUAUGUUUUCAUUUGGUAAAAUUAUGUAGACAUGCGAAAACCGCAGAGAUGAAAAAUUCUUGUAAGAAUUGUCAUUAUCUACUUUGUAACCAACUAAGUCUUUAUUCUUACGUUGUAACUAAUAGUUGUGAUUUUAUAAAUAUAUUCUCUUAUGAAUUAUUCCCUUUAGUUCUGACGAGAACGAUUGCUGAGAUCUCCGAAAAAUCGUCCAAUCUUAUAAACACAGAUAACUACUAAGACAGAUCCGUGUGCGAAGUUUGAUUUUUAUGGCACAAAUUAAAAGCGAGCGAUGUAAAUCAUUUUGAAAAUGAAGCGCUUUCAUAUAAGUUUUGAGCACGUUAACUGAUAAUAAAUGGCAAAGAUACGAGUUUGAAGUUGAAGUGUGAAAAGUUAAUUAGUACGUGUUUAAAUAUUUCAUUCAGCCAAAUCAUUUUAAUUGUUUAAAUUUGUGAUUUUGAAAUCAUAAAGACUAAAUAUAACGAAAUCAUCUUACCGAAAGAUCAGUAAGCUCCAACAUACAUUUCGAAAGAAAUCAACGUGUUUUCCAUUCAGCUAAAUACCACAUCAACAGUUUUCGCCAAUGUCAUUACCAAAUCACCGCGCGAACCUUAAAGUUAUAUCCAAGCCCACAUUAAACACACCAUUACGUCUUUUAAGGAUACUUGCGAAUCUUUAGCAAGCAAGAGCUACAAAAAAGGGCCGUCAACCCAUGGUGGUAUCCUCCGUCACGUAAAAAGGGAGAGGGAGAGAGAAAAUAUCUCAGCUGCAUCAACCAGUCGAUAAUGGUUUGCUCGCUCGCAUGCCCGGUGGGAUUACGUGGAACUCGGAGGCAGAAUUAGGUUCAUCCAAUUAAUCAAGCUUCAAGUGCGUACCAAUUCGCACGCGCUGCUUAUCUCAAACCUAGAGCUUUUUUCUCAACUUUCCUUUUUUACUACACUCAAUUUGUUGUGCGCGAGAGAUGCUUUAUUGUGUUUCGGGGGGUUGUUUGCUUUUUUACUACCUUGCUUCCAUUUUCUCCUUUUAUAGUAUCCUUUGAAUGAGAUUAGCAUUCACAAGAUUCGAAGUUAGCUUAUCCUUUUUCUUCUUCUCACAGUCGAAGGAUUAUAGUUGCGAGAUAUGUGGCGAAAAAGAUGAGGUAAAUUAUCAUGAAUCGUGCGAGACUUACACUUUCGCACGAGUAUCCUUUUUUUUACGACUUGAAUGAUGAAAAGGGAGAAAGUUUUGUUUUUUAGUGAACUGACGUAUUAUUAACCGACGUUACUUUCUUUU